CAGGAAGAGGGGACUGGGAAGCGCUGAACUGCGUCAACAAUUGUUUAGAAGAUAGAUUUGGUUUUCAGACGCUAAUCAGCAUGGCAGCUGGCCAGUGCUGAGUGAUUUAUGGCGCUGUUCCUAGACCAGGCGUUACUAGGCAACAACAUGGACACGUCGAACUUUGCUCAUGUCAUCUUCCAGAAUGUGGGGAAGAGUUACCUGCCCCAUGCUGCGCUGGAGUGUCACUACACCCUCACACAGUUCAUAAAACCACAUCAGAAAGACUGGGUCGGCAUAUUCAAGGUCGGUUGGAGCACGGCAAGGGACUAUUACACAUUCUUGUGGUCUCCUCUCCCUGAGAACUACGUGGAAGGCACCGCAGUCAAUAGAUCUGUGGUGUUCCAGGGAUACUAUGUGCCCAAUGACGAUGGAGAGUUUUACCAGUUCUGCUACGUGACCCACAAAGGGGAGAUCCGGGGGGCCAGCACACCGUUCCAGUUUCGUGCCAGCAGCCCCUCUGAGGAUGAACUGCUAACCGUGGAGGAUGAAUGCAACUCCGACAUCCUGGUGGUCACUACCAAGGCCGGCUUCCUGGAGCAAAAGAUGGAAGAGGCCCAAAGAGAGAAGGAGGAGCUGGCCAAAAACAUGGCCAUCCUUCAACAGGAGAAGGAGCAGCUGGAGGCGGAGAAGGAGAGCCUGCAGAAGGAGUUAGUGCAGGAGAAGGAGGCGUGUGCCCAACUGAGACAAGAGAACCAAGAGGUGCAGAGUUCAUCCCAGGCCCUGCAGGAGGAGCGGGAGGAGGUAAAAAGGAGGCUUGAGGAGGCCACCGCCAAGAUCUUGCAGCUGGAGGAGGACCUGAUCGGGGUGACCCAGAAGGGCCUGCAGAAGGAAACCGAGCUUGACAGCCUCAAGGACAGAGUGAAGAAGCUGACUGCGGAGAAGGAGGCCCUGGACUCCCACCUGAAGAACGAGAGAGACGAAAAGGAACUGUACAAGAUUCACCUGAAGAACCGUGAGCUGGAGAACACUAAGCUGAGCGCGGAGCUGCAGAUGCUGAAGUCCGUGGACGUGAACAAGGAGAACACCAUUGCCCAGUUUAAGGAGGAGGUGGGACGCCUCCAGGCCUGCCUCACCCAAACGGAGAAACAGCACAGAGAGAUCUUGGCCAAAGUUUCCCCCUUGGGAGACAUGAAGGCCCUGAAGGAGCAACUGCGACAGAAGGAGGAACAGCUCCAGGCCACCCAGCAGCAGUCCUCUAUGCUGGCUGCAGAGCUGAGGGACGCUUCCAGCGCUCGUGACCGCAGCAUGUCCGACCUCUACCGCAUGAAGCUGGAAGCAGACGCCCUGCGCCAAGCCAAAGCUGAUGCUCAGGCCCAGUGUGCCCGCCUCGAGCUCCUGGUGGAACAGAUGAAGGCAGAGGCCAAGCAGGAAGCGGCCAAGGUGGAGGAAGAGGCUGCCGGCGACCUUGCCGCUUUGGCUGAGCUGCAGAGAGAAGUGGAGGACCUGAAGCUCCGGCUACACAUGGCAGCAGAACACUACAAGGAAAAGUACAAGGAAUGUCAGCGGCUGCAAAGACAAGUGGUGAAGCUCUGUGAACAGCAAGGGGACCAGAAGAAAACAGCUGCAGCAGAGGCUGUGGCAGUCCCUGCAUCAGGAAGCCCAGACACAUCUGUGCCAGGGAGUCCAGGUGCUGCCGACCCAGUGCUGGAAGCCAUCAUCCAGGAAAAGCUGAAAGGCAUUAGCAGAGAGGCAUCUGACAGGAGCGACAAGUACAGGAAAUGCAAACAGUUGCUAAGCGAAGAGAAGGAGCGCAGCUGCAUGUUUGCUGACGAACUGGCCAAGAUGGAGGUGAAGCUGAAGGAGCAGCUCAAAGCCAAUGAGAACCUGAAGCUCCAGCUGGUGGCGGAAGAGGACCGCUACAAGAGCCAGCUGGCUGAGAAGGGUCGAGAGCUGAGGGAGCUGAAGGACACACUUGCACUGCUGGUGAAAGAAAAGGAAAAACUGGAGGGGGAGAUCCAGAAGGGCCAAAGCAGGAAGGGGGAUGAGGGGCCGACUGAGAAACCCAGCCUCGAGGGCAUCCAGUCCAGCACUCCAGUGUUUUUACAGUACCCUGUCCCCUAUGCCCAGGAUGCCCCCACCCCUCUGCUGGUCUCCCAGAGCCCCUCUGAGCUGCAUUAUGGGAACCCAUACUCCACAUCAGAUGCAAAAGACGAAGAGGAUGAGGAGUUCUCAGAUGACCAGCUGCUCAGGCUGCCCCCUGUGGGCCCACCCUCCUGGGACAGCAACGUGGUGUGUAUCCAGCCAUCCCGCAAUCUCAGCCGGCCCGACGGCCUGGAGGAGUCCGAGGAACAGAGGAACAACAACAACGGCAACGGCGCUGAGCAGCCUACAGCGACUGAAGCCCACAGCCCGCUCGUGAAUGAAGGGCAAACUGCCUUUUGCUUUGAACCCAGCAUGGAUAUGAAACGCUGCCCCCUGUGCGAGGUCAUCUUCCCGCCAAACUACGACCAGACAAAGUUCGAGGAGCAUGUGGAGAGUCACUGGAAGGUCUGCCCCAUGUGCAGUGAGCAGUUCCCUCUGGACUGCGACCAGAAGAUCUUCGAGAACCACGUGCUCACGCACUUCAGCGGCGGCGCGCCCAGCUUUGAUUAGACGCACGAGACGUUGGCGGCUCCACCCACUUCCUGUCACCGCUCAACGAAACCACUCAGCAGUCUUUUUUUGGGGGGGGUUUUCCCGCAUGUAACUGUGUGACGAUCCACACUUUGGGACUAUUAUUAAUUAACAAUAAUUUCAACGUAGGGAGAUUCUUUAUGGGUGGUGUGUGUGGUGCUUUUAAACAAUGAUUAUUUUGUUCCAGCUCUGUGUGAAUCCCAGGGCCACUGAAUCUAUCCUGCAAAUCAGAGAAUGUUAUUUUUAGAGAGAUUCCCUUCACUUGGAUGGGGGGGGUGAGACUAUUUCUGUAAUUUUUCUUCAAGUUGGCUCUCGCAGACCCAUUUGAACACUAGGCAGAGCGAAUCAGGGAGAGCGACAGCAGGUGUUUGUUUACCAGACUUCUAUAUGAACCCCAUCCAGCCGGACGCUGGCCCGCCUGUGAGCGACGUCACGUGAGUCAGCUGUCCUAUCCUUUUUAAAAAAAGAAGCAGCUUUACGCAGCCAGCGAGAAAUAAUUAUUUCUGUGAUCAUCAAGAAAUGAUAAUACCGUUAAAAUCAUCUAUGAGAAAACUAUAUUGAAGCGAGUGUUUGUGGACGCCUUUAACGUGUGUGUGCAACCGAGAGUUGUGUCUUAUGUCGAGUGUUAGGUUUGAUUUUUCUCAUUGUUUAACAGAGCUGUCUGACUAAAACAACUUUUACCAUUAGCUAAAUAGUGCAUGUCAGCCUUAGUUAGGUUUAUUUUCCUCUCAUAAGUUAUUCCAGUCAUUCAGAUGUUUUAAUUUUAGUGAGUACCAUGUAUCGAAUACGACAGAAUAAAAUGUUUGGAAGUGAUUUCCUAUCAAACGAUAUGUGGAGUUCAAUAAUUGCGACAGCAGAUCUUGAGGCACAUGUCAAGAUGCCCUUUUUUUAUUCUAAAUGUAAUAAAAUUUUACAUGAAGCAGCUUUA